AUGUGCACAAGCCAGAAGGGCCAGAGUGAUCCGGGCUCACAACGUGCUCCCCCCAACCUUGGUUUCUCUACUGGCCUCUUUCCUUCUGCUGUCUUCUGCCGAAAGGCUCUGGCCCAGACGCCUCCGGCCUCUGGGGCCCACACUGCGCAGGGCACCCCGUCUGAACAAUCAGGAAAUCGAGGCUCUUUGAGGCGAAGCGAUAUGCCCGCGGGUGGCGCCAGUGCUGGUGGUGGGGGCUGCCUGUCUCCGAAGCCUGUGCCCUCUCCGCUCCACUGCCCUGCGAGGUCUGAGCUUGGUCUGCGCAGGGCGGAGCCAAAUGGGAAGGCAACUGGGAGCCGGCUCCCGGGGGGUGAGGAGGAGACGCAGGGGUUCCCAGGCCCCCAGCCCAGGAGGGAGGCUGAAGGUGAGGCAUCGUUAGGUGGGGAGCGCAGGGCGGGCAAGGCUCUGGGAGGCCAGCGGGCAGGACCGUGGCUGCCAGGGGACCGAGGCUGCGAUGACAGCACCUCUGGGCUCCGGGCUGGCUGCUCUGCAACCUGCCACGUUUUGUCACCAGAGGCCAUGCUGGCUGCUCUGGACAGUGCCUCACCCCUUCCCCCUCCUCACCCCGUCUCUCCCACCUCUGGUAACAAUUACUCUGGACUGCAAUGGAAUCCUCCAAUGCCCCCAGACAGACCCACAGGCAGCACGUGGGGACCAGAUGGCGACAGACUCCUCAAGAAACUCACCACUUUGGGCAGAGGAGCAGAGGUCCCAGGGAAGGCCAAGCCAGCCGAAGAGCAAAGACCCAACCAGGACCCGGGGUUCCUUCCACACACCCCACACCCUUGGCCAUCUCAGGCUGCAGCGGCUCUCGGGGUCGUCAGAGAGCAAAGAUACCAACACCCUGAUCUGCAGACUGGCCCUUCGCCCUUCGCCCUUCGCCCUGGCUCCUCAGCCAUUCCAAACCAGUGUCUCAUUGACCUUCACACUUGA